GAUUCUUUUAGUCCAUUUUAAAAAAUUAUUUUUUUACACUAUAUUUUAUUUUAAAAAACAAUUUAUUUUCAUCUGUGAAACAAUAUGUGUUAAAAAUAAAUCUGAGGAAAAUCUUUUCAGUCCUAUUAGGAAAUUAAAACUUGAAUAUCAAAAUCUAGAUUUUACAUUCUUCAUUAUAUAUCAAUUAAUCGACACUGGACCACAGAAAAUCGAUUCCAAUAAAUAUCUAAUCUAGUAAUUUAAAGCAUCAAAAAAAUAACAAUAAUAACAGUAGUCAAGCAAUUACAAAUGAAACUAUGCGAGUAAAAAUUACGUGACCCUGAUGAACUUGCAUGGUAACAAGCUUGAAAAAGACAUUUUCGAGCUAUCCAAAUUACACAUAGGUGCCAUUAACUACUUUUAUUACAAGAACUGCAAAUACUAUGAUUCGAUUGGACAGGAUAAGGAUAAUUAUAUACGGGUUAACGAUUUGGUCAAGAUGGACCCUCACCUCUGUAACAAAUGUAUUAUAUUAUACAUUAAUCACCUACUGUAUGAAGAAUUGAUAUACAUUUUAAUCAAACGAAAUAGUUGUACCAAAAAUAUAAUAUCAUUAAAAAAUUGUUCACAGAUCCAUAUUAAGAGCACAUACUUUCUAGAAAAUUUCUUCCACCCUAAAACUUUUGAUUCUUUCUUCAAUUAUUUGAUUAUAUUAGAGCCAGGAAAGUUGGAUAUGCUCCUUAAUUUACGAUUUUACCAAAAAACUCGAAAUGAUUGCCAUAAAAAUAAAAUUAAUUAUGCAAGUAUUAUUAAAAAUGAUGUAAUACCGUCUCACGAGAUUGCUGCCUAUAGUGAUAUAAUAGUUAGGACUCCUGAUCAAUAUUUAUUCGACGUUAAUCCUAUUUUAAACCUUAAAUCAGUCUCAUAUGAAAUUUUUAAUAGGGUUGAUAUUGACACCAAGAUCAAUUUAAUUAAGACCAAUGUUAACGCCGACAUAGAACAUCGUAAUUUUAACAACAAUAAUAAUAUAAAAAGAAUUCAUAAAAAAUCCAAAUUACUCGAUAACAUUCACACAAUUAAUAGAGAUGAAGUUAACCGCUUCUAUGACAAAAAAAUAAGUGUAAAUAGAUCCUACAAACAUAUCAUGGGCAGUUUUAACAUAGCCAAAUUCAAAAGUAUGAUGAAAGGUAUAGAAAAAAAUGCGUUGGAAAGCAAGCUUAACGAUUUUUCAACUCCUGGCCUACUCAGAUAUGACAAUAAAAUAAACAAUGUUAUAUUAUGCGCUAGUGAAAACGAUAUAAACCGAUUGAUUUUAAGAGGAAACGUGCCUAAAGCAUCCUUAAUAAUAACGGGUAACAAAUUCGCGAGAUCUGGUUUUCUUAACUUGAUGAGAAAAAAAGUGUCAAUACACAAAGCUUUGCAAAACGGUAAAAAGUAUGAAUCUAUAGAGUUUAGCCCACAAAAUAAUUCAACAAAAAAUUUCAAGACUUCAAAAAUGACCUUUACAAGACAGGAGCCUAAUAAGGAUGAGAAUGUCCCCUCUAAGACCAUAUUGAUUGGAAGUAACACAAAUCAAUUGAGAUCCCGUAAAUUUAGUAAAAUUUUAAAUUCGAAUUUCUUCAACCCUUUUUACAGAGUCAAUAAGGUUGACGUGAUAAGUAAAUCGACUGCCAAGAUAUGCCAAAGGAAAAAAAAGUUUACACAAAAUAUGGUAGGUCAUCGUAGCGACAAAAACUCUAAGAUGAUAGGAAAGAUUCCUAUUAAUUCUAAAAUUUCCUUUUCCAGAGUUUCAAAAAAUUGUUUAACAUCAUAUAAUAAUCAUGAAUGGGCAAAAUUACCCAAUUCAAAAUCCUUAUUUUAUUCUACCCGUUUAAAGAGUAGUGAUCCGCAAAUUAAUUUAUCUUGGAUGGUCGCUGACUAUAAUAAAAAUAAAAAUAGCAAUUGCCCAAAUAACGAUGCGAAAUAUGUUUCGGCUAUUAUGGCAUUAAAAAACAUUGGCAGUGAAGAUUUAUUGGUGUCUUUGGCGAAAUGGGUAUUGAGAAAGUUGCAUAUAGUGUUGCUAAUAAUCGAUUUGGCAGUUUGUGGUUACGAAUUUGGCCAAGAACAAAAUAAUGACAAUAAAUCCAUAGAUUCCUUUGUACUUAGUACCUCAAAAAAAAAAUUGGAUUUGAUAGGUUCAGAUUUUGAAUACGAUAGUUUAUUAAAUAAUGAUGGUACGAAUAUUCAGAAUAAUUAUGAAUACGAGCGUAACUACCCUAUUAGCCCUUACCACACCCCCAUGUAUGAUAGCGAAGUUUAUUUAAAUUCUGAUGCACUGUUACCUAUUAAGAGUUUAGGCUCAUCGUUCUUGAAGAAAGGUGUUGAAGCGCCAAUCGACCAUGAUAAUAUAGAAUAUGUAAAUGAUUUUGAAAUGAACAAUCAGCGCAAGAGCCUUAUUAACCAUAAAUUCAAAGCCUCAUUUAAGAAUUUGAUGAGAAAAUUUACUCGAUUACAAAUAUCCAAUCCCUCGCCAGAUCAACUAUCCAAAAAAAUUAACCCAAGUAUUAAUAAGUUGUGGAAUAAAAAAUUGAAAGAUAUUGAUACGAAUUACAGUGUUCCUGGGAAUUUGAAAGGGCAUACUUAUAGAUUUAGUUAUUCUCCUUACUCGAAAAAAAAUUAUCCAAUACCCAUUACAAAUAAUGUCAACAAAGACAUGUAUGAUGGUAAUAAGGAAUCUCAAAAUAUAGUAAAGUCAAAAUUUUCUCAGACAUUUUUGAUAUGGAAGAUGAUUAACGCAAGCUUAUCCCAAGACACCAAUAAAGAUACACGUCUUAAAAAAUUUGUGCCGCAAAAUGUGAAAUCCUUAAGAUCCAUUAUCGAUAUCAAUAUUGAAGAUAUAAUUAAUUGGAUCAAAAGGAUAGACCGAAAAUUAUGUGCCCAAGGCUGGCAGGAUUUAAAUUUCUCGGAUGAACCAGCAAAUAUAAUAUUUUUAUUUGGAAUUUUAAAAAAUCAGUUUUCAGUCCAAACAAUUUUAAAUCAUUGCUUGACAGCUGUGAAAAAGUAUGUCAAGCUUUACUCCCAUAGAACUAAAGAGAGCUUAUUAAAUAAAAGUUUCCGAACAGCCACCGACUCGGGCUACGGCGAUAAUUCUCCAUACCAAGUAAAUGAAGUGCACAAAAAUAUCUUGAAUGCUCUAACACUCAUAUUAAGCUUAGGUGAAUAUAACGAAUCCCACCAAAAUAGAGCAAAAGUGAGAAGAUAUUUUAAAUUUAAUGACCUUGAAUCUCUAACCGCCGAUCCAACAAUGCAAAAUAAUGAUGGCCAAAUAGGUACUUUAGAAAAUAUCGAAAUCAAUCUAAAUAUAUUAUUAAAGUCUGAUAAGCUCGAUGAUAAUGGAAUCCAAAAUUUUGAAUCAGCUUUUCAGAGUAUAAACAAUGGAAAAUAUAUGGAAAUAACGGAAACUAUAUUGAAAGCAUUGUCGCAAAUGUCCGAUUUUAAAGCUAUGGUUAAACGAAGUAUUAUGUCGACUCUGUACAUAUCCUUUUGCUAUAUGGGUAACGAAAUUUCUUACCCGGUAAAACCUUUUUUCAGUUUUGAUUAUACGAGCGAUGAAAGUUUUUAUGACGAUUCCUAUGAUAGCUUAGAUGAGGGUUGCAACGAUUAUGAUUACAAUGUGCCCCAUAAAAAAGAUAUAAACAAUUCCAUGCGCGAAAUAAAUGUGGGAAAAAGCUUUUGUGAACUCAAUAAUAGCAAUAAGAGCGCGAGAACUCAUUCCUUAUCUAGAUUUUCCAUGGAUGAUAAGGAAAUCGAACAACUACCCUUAAACGAUGGCAAUUAUCCAUUUAAUAAUGACAACAAUAUGGUGGGCAGAAGAUUAGUGCGAAAGAAGAAAAGGAGUAAGAAAGAAGAAUUUUGGAUGGAAUGCUUAAACAUUAUUGAUAAUUGUAGCCACGCUAUGCUCAUGACAAACUCGGAACCCAAUUAUUUGUUAGAUCUCUACCAGGAAUUGGUGACCUUAUGAGUAUGUCAAAUGUUUCAGCAUAUCAAUUUUUAUUAUUGAUAAAAGAAUAUUUAAAGUCAACAAAAUCAUGCAUUUUUUUAAAUAUUUAUUUGUCAAAAUAUUAUAUAAUUAUAUUAGUAAUGCAAGCAA